GCACCACGGAGACGGGCAGCAAGUACGCACUCUUGGCGUCGGAGAUCACCUCGCUGAUCGCGCAGCAGGAGGCGGAGCUCACGAUGACCACCAUCUAUGCGGCCUCACGGGGGGACAUCGAGCACCUCAAGCGGCUCAUCAAAGCCGGGGCGAAUGCGGGCAAGGCGGACUACGACGGGCGCACGCCGCUGCAUCUGGCAGCAGCAGGGGGCUUCGACGAGGUGGUGCGGUUUCUACUAUUGGAGGGUGCGGACGUCAAUAGCAUGGAUAACUUUGGCACCACGCCGCUGCUUGAGGCGCUGAGGGCGGGCAACGACUCCACGGCCAAGAUACUGACAGACAAGAGCGGCACGGUUAACCUGCAGGAAGCAGGAACGGACCUGUGCAAUGCCGUAAUGCGGGGCGACACAGGCCUGUUGAAGAGGCUGCUAGUGAACGGGGUAAACCCCAACGCGGCAGACUACGACCUCCGCACACCCCUCCACAUCGCAUCGGCCGAGGGGUUUGUCCAGGUGGCGCGGCUGCUGGUAGAGCACGGCGCUGACGUGGCAGCCGUGGAUAGGUGGGCAACUCGCCGCUGGACGAGGCGCGCCGAUGUGGCAGCCUGCCAUUGAUCCACCUGUUGGAAGAGGCCAUGCGGGAACGGGGCAUUGUGAUUGGUGGAGAGAGUGGGGAUGACGAUGGUGAUCAAGGGAAAGAGGAAGGGGGAGGAGGUGGACAAGUGGGACAGGGAGGAGGGGGAAAGGAUAGGGAGAAGGGAGAGGAAGCAGGGGCAGGGGCAGGGGCAGGGGCAGGAGAAAAAGGAAUUGCUGCUGCUGCAGUUGCUGCAACGGCUGCUACGGGGGCGGCCGCUUCCUCUUUCAAUGCUUCUGCUGCUGCGGGAGCAUCCCCUAUCCCAGCAGAACCCACUGCUGCUUCUCAUACUACUGCCAUUCCCGCGCCUGUUCCUGCCACCACUGCUUGUGGUGCUGCUUCCUCUGCUACUGCUGCAGCAGCUGACGGCACUUCCCAUACAUCUACCCCCUCCCCCCUCCCCCUCCCCCAUUCUCAUUCAGAAGAACCUCAUGAUACCCCCACCCUUCCUUCCAUCCCCCUCCCUCACUCUCACUCCCUCACCAACUCCCAUCCGUCCUCCCUCCCUGCACCUGCCGAUGCGGACUGGGACCGAAUCACCGAAGAUGGCUCGGCAACUCCCCGAAUCAACAUGUCAGGCUCGGUAACGCCGCUCCUGAGCGGGUCCGGCACGCCCCAGUGGAGAGGUCCGGGAGGAGCGUCACCUGGGAG